AUGGUCCUAGGAUUCGGCAAGAAGGCUAAUGACCAGCCUGUAGACGACUCACCCUCCACCUCAGCGACUGCCACAGAAACGCCAGGCACACCCGUGUCAGAAAACACUUCCGUCGAGACCAAUGGCAAUGGCAAUCCCAUCAAGGCAAAGGAAGAGCUGGCGCAUGCUGCCGCCGUGGACGGCCAGACACCCUCAGAUACCAGCAAGCUGAGGACGUUCCUCAUGAUUCUGAAGCGCUUCAUCGGUGUGACAGAUAUCGCCGCAGUUCGCUUCAGCUUGCCCGCCCAGCUUAUGGAACCGAUUCCCAAUCUCGAAUACUGGCACUACCUCGAUAGGCCGGAGACGUUUGCGGCCAUCGGCGACAGCGAAGACCCUCUCGAGCGCAUGCUGGGUUGCCUGCGGUUUUGGUUUACCAAAGAUCUGAAGUAUGUCAAGGGAAAGCCGUGCAAGCCAUACAACAGCGCGCUGGGAGAAUUCUUCAGGUGUACGUGGGAAGUUGAGAACGAGAAGAAUCAGGAGGGCAAGCCGGUCAAGGUCAACUACAUCACAGAACAGACGAGCCAUCACCCGCCCGUCUCAGCAUAUGUCUACGAAUGCCCAGACAAGGGCGUCGAAGCUACAGGGUACGAUCAGCUCAGCGCGAAGUUCACCGGUACCAGCGUCAAGGUCACGCCUGGCCAGUACAACCAAGGCAUCUUCAUUCGGCUGAAGAACCGAGAAAAUGAAGAGUACAGCCUCACUCAUCCCGCCGCAUUUCUCGGAGGCUUCCUGCGAGGCAACCUCUACGUCACAGUCGCCGAUACCUGCUACGUCACCUGCGAGAAGACCGGUCUCAAGACCAUCCUACACUACCUCGAAGAAGGCUACUUUGGCAAGACACAGAACAAGGUGGAAGGCAUCAUCUACAAACCGACGGAUAUCAAGACAGACAACGUCACCCGGCUAAAAGACGUACCGAAGGAUCAGAUCCUAGGCAGGAUAGAAGGCGUCUGGACAGAGAAGAUCUACUUCGUAUACGGCGACAACGAGUUCAAGAAGGUGCCCGAGAAGGAUAGAAUCCUGCUCAUGGAUGUCACCCCUCUGCUUCCAGUGCAGAAGAAGUGCCCACCCAAGGAAGAGCAGCUCCCCAACGAAAGCCGACAGUUCUGGAACGAUGUCACCGAAUUCAUCCUCUCCAAGCAGUUCGCUCAGGCGACGACGAAGAAACAGCAACUCGAAGAGCGGCAACGAGAGAAAGCCACUGAACGACAGCAGACGGGCAAGGAAUGGCAUCCGCGAUUCUUCACCACUGUAACCGAGAAGGACGGCCGAGCGAUCUUGAGUGAGGAGGGUAAGAAGGCCAUGGAAGGUCUGCAGAAGGAGCAGUACCACCUCGAGGCGCCUCAGGAGUACGGUGCCAUCUGA